ACAAGUCAGCUGUUUUUGUUUAUAGACAUUCUAUUCUCACAUUUUGAUCAUAUGUCUAAGUGAGCCAAAAUGCCGUCAACACCACAACUUUCACCCCAGGAAGAACAGGAAAAACUGCUGGAGGAGGCGCUCAAUGUGGUCAAGACGCAAGCAUUCCAGAUGAAAAGAUGUCUGGACAAAGGAAGGUUGAUGGAUGGGUUAAAACACGCUUCUACCAUGUUAGGAGAACUCCGCACUUCCCUUUUAUCACCUAAGAGCUACUAUGAAUGCUACAUGGCCAUAUCAGAUGAGCUGAGACACCUAGAGAUGUACCUGGUAGACGAGUUUCAAAAAGGUCGCAAGGUGGCAGACUUGUAUGAGCUGGUGCAGUAUGCUGGGAACAUAGUUCCGCGUUUGUAUCUUCUUAUUACUGUUGGUACUGUUUAUAUCAAGUCCAAUGAGCUGUCUAGAAAAGAUAUCCUCAAGGAUCUUGUGGAGAUGUGCCGUGGGGUUCAACAUCCCUUACGUGGGCUUUUCUUGAGGAAUUAUUUGCUCCAAUGCACCAAAAAUGUUUUGCCAGAUGCUGUUGAAGACCAGAGCACUGAAAGCAGUGGAGGUGAGUCUGGCACUGUGAUGGACUCUGUAGAUUUUAUACACCUGAACUUUGCUGAGAUGAACAAGCUCUGGGUCCGCAUGCAGCACCAGGGACAUUCCAGGGACAGAGAGCGCAGGGAGAAUGAGAGACGCGAGCUGCGGAUUUUGGUUGGGACAAACCUCGUCAGACUUAGCCAGUUGGAGUGUAUUGAUGUGGAGAAAUUUAAACAGUCUGUGUUGCCUGGAGUUCUUGAACAGGUGGUUAACUGUAAGGAUGCCAUCGCCCAGGAGUACCUCAUGGAGUGUAUCAUUCAGGUGUUCCCGGACGAUUUUCAUUUGCAGUCACUGAAUUCUUUUCUUCGUGCUUGCGCAGAACUUCACCCAAAUGUUAAUGUGAAAAACAUCAUAAUUGCCCUCAUUGACAGAUUGGCUUCAUUUGCUCAGAAUGAAGAAGGUUCUGGAAUCCCACCAGAAAUUCAGCUUUUUGAUAUUUUCUCCCAACAAAUUUCACAAGUCAUUCAAAACCGACCAGACAUGGCCCCAGAGGAUAUUGUCUCUCUUCAAGUGGCCCUCAUUAAUCUGGCCCUCAAGUGUUAUCCAGAUAAAGUGGAUUAUGUAGACAAAGUCCUGGAGACAACAGAAGAAAUUUUCAACCGGCUCAACCUGGAUCAUGUUGAGCAUGGCAGCCCUGUGUCCAAAGAGCUGAUGAGGCUGAUGAAAAUCCCCAUUGACACCUACAACAACAUUCUAACUGUACUAGAGUUGCAACACUUUGGUCCCCUGUUUGAGUACUUCGACUUCAAGGGGAGGCAGCUCAUGAGCUGCCAUAUUAUCAACAAUGCUUUGGAAAAUGAAACCCAGAUCCCUGCUCAGGAGAAUGUUGAUUCAAUUUUAAACAUUGUGAAUUGUAUGGUGCAAGACCAAAACGACCAACCAGAAGAACCAUAUGACCCUGAGGAUUUUGCAGAGGAGCAAGGCCUUAUGGGAAGAUUCAUCCACUUGCUUCAUUCUGAUGACUCUAAUCAACAAUUCCUCAUCCUGAACACAGCCAGGAAGCACUUCGGAGCAGGGGGAGACAAACGUAUCAAAUACACAUUGCCACCAAUAGUAUUUGCUGCAUAUAGGUUGGCAUUCAGAUACAAACAGUUGCAAGAUGAGGAUGAAAACUGGGAAAAGAAGUGCCAGAAGAUCUUCCAAUUCUGCCAUCAAACUAUUGGUGCCCUGAUCAAGGCUGAACAAGCAGAGAUACCACUGAGGCUGUUUUUACAGGGCUCACUAGUGGCUGGCCAGAUUGGCUUUGAGAACUCAGAGACCGUGGCAUAUGAAUUCCUCUCACAGGCGUUCUCCAUUUAUGAAGAUGAAAUCAGUGACAGCAAAGCUCAGCUGUCCGCCAUUACACUGAUCAUCGGCACCUUGGAACAGAUGUCUUGUUUUGGGGAGGAGAACCAGGAGCCACUGUUCACACAGUGUGCUCUAGCAGCAUCCAAACUGCUCAAAAAACCUGACCAAUGUCGAGGUGUCUCUGUCAGUUCCCAUCUCUUCUGGUCAGGAAAGUCUGCUAAAUCAGGGGAGCUACGAGAUGCUAAGAGAGUAUCAGAUUGUUUGAAAAAAGGUGUGAAAAUUGCCAACCAAUGCAUGGAUAGUUCAGUACAAGUUCAGCUCUUUGUGGAAGUCCUGAAUCACUAUGUUUAUUUCUAUGAAAAAGGCUGUGAACAGAUUUCAGUUCAAGUCCUGAAUCAAAUAAUAUUGAAAAUUCGAGAGCUUUUGCCCAACCUGGAGUCAAACGAGGAGACCGAAUCAAUUAACAAACACUUCAAGAACACUUUGGAGCACCUGCAACACAAGGUUGACACCCCAGAAACAGCUGGACUGUAUGAGGGCUUAUCUUUGUGAAACUUAUUUUAUUUACGUGUCUGCUUGUUUAUUUUGAUGACCUUUUUUAAACUCCCUACACUAUUGUACUGAAGUGAUAUUUGAUAAUACUUGUGUUGUAGAGGUUGAUCAGAUCAUGAGACCUGCAUUAAAACUUUAAGUGAAUGUUUUCUGUUCUAGUCUCUUACACUAGCAUUGAGACAACUGUUUUAUGUUGGUACUAUUGUUGAGCAUUUAAAAAAAAAUGUGGUAAAAAUAAUUUUUUGAAAUCUUUUCAUUCUACAUUUAACUUCAGUAAAAGUGCAACAUUGUGACAGAAAUGAAUUUUAAUUUAAUGUGGUGUUACAAGUGUGGUAUGGAAAAUAAAAUCUAGCGACUCAUUAUUAGAACAUACAUUAGGAAGAAUAUUACUAGCAGAUUCUGAACUAUUUAUUUAUGCAGGAAUCUUUGUGUGUAAACAAUUAUUUCUUUCAACCUAUGGGUUUAUAAACUGUAAUUAAAUGUUGAAUGGAAUAAAAAUAGCUACAUUAGAAUCUGAUCUGUUUAUGUAA